AUGAGGACUACCUAUUUUGCUAUAAUUCUCUCCCUUGAGGUUACCACACUCAGUGCCCUCUCCCUCCCACCAUUCCUUACUAAAAGAUGGGGCCCUUGGAUGCCCGAUAUUGGGGACAAUUGGCAAACCGUCUUCGAUGGUCCAUUCAAAUUUCCUCAAAGCUUGGAUCCUGAUGUUAGCGUUUAUGGUUUAGAUCUCUGGAGUAAUAACAAGCCCACAGUAAAGAAACUCCAGAAAUCUGGUAAGCAUGUUAUUUGCUCUUUCAGUAGUGGUACUGUAAAGCCCAGUGAUCCCGAUCGGAAAAGUUUCGUGAAGAAGGACAUUGGUACUCAAACGGACUUACCGAACGGUGAGAAAUGGGUCAAUGUGAAGAGUCGAGGGGUUCGAAAAACAAUCACCAAGCGUGUCAAGGUGGCGGCCGACAAGGGAUGCAAUGCCAUCAGUCCCCGCAAUACGAAUGCCUAUGAUCUGGACACUGUUUUCAAUCUAUCCGAAGACGACGAGAUUGAUUACAUCGAGUUUCUGGCGAAUGAGGCGGCUAAAUAUCAUAUGUCAACUGGUGUCGACAUCGGGGCCACCGCGAUAGACCUACAAGAUAUUGUGUCUUUCUUUAUCGGCGAGGCUUGCGACGAUAGCAGUGGCGACACCGAUGGCAGCGAUGACAGUGAAGGCGGUGAUGGUAGUGAUGACUAA